UCGAGUUCAUACAACAAAGUACUUUUACCCUUAUCGGUUUAUGCAAUCCCUGAGACCUGACUCGGAGCAAACAAACAAGGUAUGGACAGGGACCAACCUCAGGUUGGAAAACUAGAAUAUCAUGACAAUCGCGGCUUGCUGUAAAGCGGUCAUGGUUCAACAUGCACAAACUGCAAAUUAUGUCCUGUCUGAAAGACUUGGAGCUCAAGGCCUCUUCGAAUAUGAUCGGCUGUCCGAUUGUUAUAGCGAGAUGAGGGGAAUCAGCAUCGCUGAAGGUGACAUUUUAGGAACUUUCCAUGCGUCAGUGGACCACAUCGAUCUCGGCGCCAACCAAAGACUGACAGAUAAAUUAUAGGACUCGUUGCAGAUACAUUGGCGCAAACGUACAAAUUACCUCUCUCGACACACCCAGAUGGGCCACUUACGAUGCAUGAAAUCUCGUUAUUC